UUGGAAGCUUGUCGCAGAAUCGGUGUAGAUGAGGAGUUGAUUUGCUCCUGUGCAGACAUUGUGCCCCCCUCCGACGACGCUUCCAACAGCAGCAGCAACUGCAACAGCAAUAACAACAAAAAUUCCAUAAACAAUAACGAUCCCCAAAAACAACAACAAAUCCAAAAUAGUAUGCAAAUAAAAGAAACAAAUGAAAAUUCACAAAAGUUGCCUAAUCCCUCAGCUGUUUUGAAAACUGUCUCAGCGUUGAUUGCCUUGGAUCAUAAUCCACAUCAUCAAAAUAUACGAAAUUUGCAACAACAAUAUGAGUUAAAGUUGAAAUUGCAAAGGCAGCAGGACAAACUGAAACAACAACAACAAAAAGAAGUAGAGACUGAACAGCCACAAAAGCAGCAGGCAAAACCACAACAACAAACACACUUCGAUUAUCAACGUCGUUGCGUUUUAACACAGAAUGAUAAUGGGCGUGGCGACGGCGCCUUUGAGCACGAGUAUGAGCACCAACUCACUGCAACCUGCACCAAAGAACAGAUGCUGCAGCCAACGUUGCAUACGCUUGGCCUAGACAAUUCCACAUUUAAUUUGAGUGCAAAGUGUCAUUUCGACGUAACCGUGCUGACGAAUGGACACGGUGGUAGUGGUGGUAAUGGUGUUAGAGGUGAUAAUGGUGAAUGUGGUGUUGGCAUUGAGACGCUGAAUGCAAACGACGAUUUCGAUAAUGAUGACGUCGAUGAAGGCGUUGGAGGCGAUGAGGAGGAGGAUGAGCGAGAUGAGUUGGACGCUGACAUGAAUGAUGCUGAGGGGGCGCAGAGCCACAGUAAAGCAAAACAGCAGCAGCAGCAGCAGCGCCAUCAUGUUGCAGAUUUUUUUCGUCAUGCCAAGUUGAAAACAUUUCAAAAGAUUAAAUUCAAUUUACUCUCCUCCUCCUCCUCCACCUCCUCCGGUGGCAGCACGUGCAUCAACUACGGGCAUGUGAACAACAAUCAAUGCAUGCUGCAAACAAUUGUGGAAACCGAAAGCGAAGUAAUCGGUGGAGUUAGUGGCGGUGGUGGCAGCGGCAACAUCGGUGUCGGUGGCGGCGGAGGGGGUGGCGCAGGGGAUGGCGCAUACCAGCUGAUCAACGAGAAGCCAACAUUCAACGAGGAACUAAAACUAAAAGUGGAAAGUCGUUCAGUUGACGGUGGCAACAAGUACAAGUUGAUUGAUUACAGCGCGCUGCAUAAGAAGGAACCAAGCACUGCGGUUGAUGAAUCCUUGCCGAUUGUUUCGAAGCGUAUUGAGUUUUUCGAACAUUCUUCUGCAGCCAAGGUAACGCCAUCACCGAAUAACAGCCUAAAUGGAAGCCUUAAUAGCAGCACUGGCGGGAACACUAAGGUGAAAUGCACUGCAACAACAACAACAACAACAACGGCAACUAAAUCGAUGCAAUAAUAGCAUAUUAGCAUUUAUCGCGUUGUCGAGUUGAAUGAUGACAAGCUGGCUACCGACGAAGGCAGCGUCGGCAAGUUGGUGGACGUUGGUGGUGUGAACGGUGGUGAUGCAGCAGCAGCAGCGCAGGAAGCCGGCACUUCUUUAUUGCUGAAGCACGACUCCCAUGUGCUUACAAUCAUACUAUCGUGUGUCUUCAUAGUCACAUUCUUGUUGCUGGUCUUCUUCCCUUUGCCCGGAUAGGAGGCGCGACAAAGGGGUUUAGUUUAUGCAGCACUGCUGUAUAGAGCUUAAGCAUUGGUUUUAUGACAGCGGAAGAAGAAAUAUGAGUUUUUAACGAUAAAAUAUUUGAUGGAAAACUUUAAUUAGUGAAAGGAUUUAAAUAUUUAACGAAGCGAAAUGAUGAAAAUUGCCACUUAAUGUUUAUAAAAAGCACUGAAAUGUUUUCGCUUUCAGUUUUGACAGCCUCUGCUUGCUCAAGAAAUUUAUUCACGAAAAGCGAUGUUUAAUUUUUUACUAUAUAGUAUAGUAACUCAAGUUUGUUGUACAUAAUUAGUUUUUAUUGAAUACUUUGGACAAUUACUACUACGUUUAUAAGUUGAUUUAAAAUGUACAUUUAAAUGUAUUUACUAAUUUACUACUUUUAUAUAUCUUGAACUCGCUUAGUAUCUUAAGUUAGAUUAUAUCUUAAAUUACUUAAAGUAACUGAAAACUAUUGGGUAUACGUAGUCUUGGGGUACUCUUAACAGCAAAGACUUCUACGUAAUCAGCUUUAGUUGUGAAGGUUUCUAAAUUCCCUCAGAAUCGAAACUAUAAAAAAUUUUUCGUACAAAUUUUGACAAUUCGUAAAAGUUUAAGGCCAAAUCUUCAAUAUUGUGUUUAAGAAAAGAAACUGCAGUUAUGAUAUGAUAGAAGGAUAUAAGAUGUUCUUUGCAAUUGCAAAAUAUUCUGUAAGGAAAUUGCAGUUCCAAGUUUUUUUUUUUUUGUACGAUUAUAUUAUGAAAUGCUUUCUAAUAAUUUUUAA